AUGAGUGGAAAGACUCAAGCAGAGUUCUGGGUGGAAACUGAGUAUUCUGGAAGCCUGGCAAACUUGAGAGCGAGCGGAUACAUUUUCAAGUUUCGAUGGAGAGGAAUCCGUAAUCUGAAAAAAGGCGAUUUGGCGAAUGGGAGGCGGCUCGGAAAGCGCAGCCGUUGGCGUGGGCAGCUGGUCUUUGCUCGUGCCUGCAGCGACGAACUCCACCAGGCGGUCUCGAAGGCCGUCCUCCAUCUAUCUGCUAUCUAUCUGCUCCUUUCAUCCUCCUUCCUCUCUUCUUUGUUCCUCCCUGCUCAGCCGUCUGAGGCCCCAAUUGACCGCAGCAACAGCUCCAGUCCGUCGUUGCAAUCUACUCAUUGCCUGCCUGGACCCUUGCCAAGCGCCUUGACAUGCCCGCCUUGCUUGUCCCGUCGGUGGAAAGCGGUCGGUAACGCGGGCGCAACCCUCGUCGAAAGGUCUAGGCAAUCGACAAUCCCAAAUGAGGAAUACCUACCUAGACAGCUAGAACCGCCUGCUUGCUCCUCUCUCCCUUCUCCGCUACCCUUCUCUCCUUUCCCGUCCGCUGAUUGCGACCCGUCAUGGGGUUGCCAUGCCGUCGUCCCAUUUGGGUCAUCGAUGACCUCACUCUCUGCUUUCAACGCAAGUAAGUUCGGCGACGAGAAGCCACGAAAUCAAGGACGUCCCCAUGCUCACGGUGCUCUUCGCAGCUACCUCCAGAUCAUCUUCCCUCUGACCGCCUGUGCUAUCUCCCUCCUGAUCAUUCUUUUCCAGCUUGCCUACCAUCGUCUCAUCGCAUGGCGACGGUCCACGUAUAAGCCUCUUCGGAACAGCCCCGCGGAUGGAAAUGGCGUCGAUACUCCGGACGAGGUGGACGACGAUGAGGAGGUUGCAGAUUUAGUGCUGCACAAGGCUGCUAGCCGGGCGUCUCAUGGCGACUUUGAAGUCAGUCGACCGCGAGGUGAAGUCGCUCUGGUGGUGGUCGAGAUCCUGGCUCUGUUGGCCGAGGUAGGCGUUUGCGUUGCGGUGCUCGUUACCCACGCCUGGGGUCGCUAUGGCACCAUUCCGGCCGUCGCCCGCUUAAUAUCCUGGGCCUACAUCCUGUUCCUCGCUGCCGUCCGGUUACUGUUGUCGACCUUGGAUCUCCAUAUCCGCCCCCGACUUUGGAAUCACACCGCCGCUCUCUAUGGCAUCCAGUGGCUGGCCACCGUCUUUGUCUUCCGCUCCGCCAUUAUCCAUCCCCUGUCCAAACGCGCUCUCAUCCUAACCGUCUUGGAAUUCUCGCUGUCGACGGUGCUGUUGCUCCUCGCGCUGACCACCCGGAGAGGAAACAAAACGGUUCUGGUUCAGCACGAGGACGGUCUCGAACCGCCCCGUCAUCCGACCGCCAGUCUCCUUUCCCUCGCCACUUUCUCCUGGCUGGAUCCUCUAAUUUUCAAGGGUUAUCGACAGACCUUGGAGCUGGACGACGUCUGGAACUUGACCGUUUCUCAACAUGCCGGCGCCGUUCUCGAUGAUUUCCGUCGCGCGUACAAGCACUAUAGGCUUGUUUGGAGACUGCUGCGCUACUUCGAUCGAAUGCUCAUUAUCCAGGCUGCCUGGACCGUCUUCUCCAAUCUCUUCACGUUCCUGCCCACCUUACUGUUGAAAGCCAUCUUGGAAUACGUCGAAGAUCCACGGUCGACGCCGGCGAAUGCCGCCUGGCUCUACGCGAUCCUGCUGUUCUGUUCGGGCGCCAUUCAGGGCACUGCAGAUGGCCAGGCCCUCUGGAUCGGUCGGAAGAUUGGGCUGAAGCUACGGGCCAUCAUCAUUGGGGAGAUCUACGCCAAAGCAUUGAGACGGAAAGCGGGCGCCACCACUGACCAUACGAAGGAGAAGCAGGAUGAGCAGCCGCCAGAGUCUCCCAAGAAGAAGAAAUUCUCCAUCAACGGUGGCAAGAAGAAAAAGGCGGACAAAUCGGAUUCCUCCCCGUCUGCGGAGGAGAUCGGCCAGAACCAAGCCAAGGUUGGCACCAUCAUUAACCUGAUGGCGAUCGACUCAUUCAAGGUCAGCGAGUCAUGCGCGUACUUGCAUUUCCUCUGGGCCAGCGUGCCGGUGCAAGUGAUUAUGGCCGUGACCUUGUUGUAUCGAGUGCUCGGCUUUAGCUCCUUUGCCGGCAUCGCCUUGAUGGUCCUGCUUCUUCCGGUCAAUGUCAUGAUUGCGCGAAAGUUCCGAGACAUCCAGAACACAAUCCUUGCUAAGACGGAUGCUCGCAUUCAUUCCACCAACGAAGUCUUGCAGAACAUCCGGAUCAUCAAAUACUUUGCCUGGGAACAGCGCUUCGAAGACAUUGUCAACGAGAAGCGACGUGCAGAGCUCAAGUCCCUUCGCGUCCGGUACAUCGUCUGGUCCAUUGCUGCGACCGUGUGGUACGGGAGCCCGAUCCUGAUCACUUUCACUUCCUUCUUCCUGUACACCGUCGUCGAGAAGAAGCGGUUGACCCCUUCCAUUGCGUUUCCUGCAUUGUCCAUGUUCUCGCUGCUCCGCGUGCCUUUGGACCAGCUGGCCGACAUGAUUGCCCACGUCCAGGAGUCGAAGGUGUCCAUCGACCGAGUGGAAGCCUUUCUGAACGAGGAAGAAACGGAGAAGUACACUCAGCUGCGUAGCUCUCGGCUUCCGGGAGAGUCUCCCAAGAUCGCGCUCGAACGAGCCACCUUGACGUGGAGCUCUUCAAAACCCAAAGCCGGUGCUCGUGCCAAUGAAAGUGGCACGGACGACGCCUUCCGCUUAAUUGAUAUCAACGUAUCUUUCCGACUGGGCAAGCUCAACGUGAUUGCCGGUCCUACUGGUUCAGGGAAAACGUCCCUCUUGAUGGCGCUUCUGGGGGAGAUGAAACUUCUGGAGGGCCAGGUCUAUCUUCCUGGGGUCACCACUAACCGAGCAGAACUUCCUGUGGACCCGGAAACUUUGCUCACCGAAAGCGUUGCCUAUUGUGCCCAAGAGGCGUGGUUGGUCAAUGACACCAUCAAGGAGAACAUAGUCUUUGCCUCACCUUUCGACAAGCAGCGUUACAACGCCGUCAUCAAGGCAUGCGCCCUUGAGAGGGAUUUCGCCAUCCUCGAAGCUGGAGAUCAGACCCUUGUAGGUGAGAAAGGCAUCAGUCUCUCCGGUGGCCAAAAACAGCGCAUUUCGCUCGCUCGUGCCCUGUAUAGUCGAGCGCGGCACCUGCUCCUGGAUGAUUGUCUCAGCGCUGUUGAUUCGCACACUGCCAAGCACAUCUUCCGGGAGGCUAUCAGGGGCCCGCUUAUGAUGCACCGAACUUGCAUUCUGGUCACGCACAAUGUGGCUCUCACGGUUCCUGAGGCGGACUAUGUAGUCGUCCUCGACAAUGGCAAAGUCGCUGCUCAGGGUUCUCCCGACGAAGUCGCAGCGUCAGGCGCUCUCGGUGAGGAACUGCUCAAGUCGCGACCCUCCUCCCAAGCCGGCUCUCGCCGGCCAUCCCGCGUUCCGUCUGACCUGGAAGAGCAUCAACCGGAUGGACGAGAUGGAGAUGCAUCCGUCGUGAAAGGCCAACCGAACGGAACGACCAAACGCCCUGGUUCCAAGGACUCGGAUGGCGAGGGGUCGCGUCCUGCCAAACUGCACGAAGCCAAGGCCGUCGGAAGUGUGAAAUGGUCGACCGUGAAGAUGUAUCUGAAUUCCAUGGGUGCGUGGUAUUACUGGAUCGCUGCUGUUGGCGUAUUUUGUGCUCAGCAGUUCGGGUCGGUCGCCACGAAUGUCUGGAUCCGACAGUGGGCGAAUGCCUAUCAUGCAGAGAAACCCAUGCAGGAGGAUGUGGGAGGAUAUGCAGCCAUGGCACAGUUGAAGUUCCCAUCCUUCAUCGCUGGUAAUGUGCCGCGAACAACCUCGUGGAGUGCUCAUCAGCUCAACAGCCCUCCAAAUUCAUCUCCCGGCCGUGAUGUCAACGUGGCAUAUUACCUGGGUAUUUACGCAUUGCUUGGUCUCGUCUACGUGAUCAUUUCAAUGACCAGGGAAGGUGUUCUCUUCUGGGGUUCUCUGCACGCGUCAUGGAAGCUUCAUGAGCGGUUGUUGAAGGCUGUCCUUCAUGCCAGGUUUAGAUUCUUCGACUCGACUCCCUUGGGUCAGCUGAUGAAUCGCUUUUCCAAAGAUGUGGAAGCUGUUGACCAGGAGGUUGCUCCCGUUGCUAUCGGCAUGCUUCACAGUCUGGCAUCCGUCGUCAUGAUUGUUAUUCUCAUCUCAGUUAUUACGCCUGGCUUCCUCAUUGCGGCUGUCUUUAUUACAAUGCUGUAUUCUGCGCUUGGAGCCGUCUAUCUGAAUGCUUCUCGUGAUUUGAAACGGUUGGAAUCGGUGCAGCGAAGUCCUCUUUAUCAGCAAUUCGGAGAGACCUUGAAUGGCAUUGUGACGAUCCGAGCAUAUGGCGACAGCCAACGGUUCAUCCUUGACAAUCACCGACGGAUCGACGCAUACAACCGGCCGCACAUCUAUCUAUGGGCUAGUAACCGGUGGCUGGCGUUCCGCGUCGACAUGACCGGUGCCAUGGUGUCAUUUUUCUCCGCUGCUUUUGUGCUGUUGAACAUUGGCAGAAUCGACGCAGGAGCGGCUGGUCUGUCGUUGACGUACGCCAUCACAUUUACGGAAAAUAUUCUCUGGCUGGUCCGGCUGUAUGCGGAGGCGCAGCAGAACUUGAACGCUGUCGAACGGGUCAAAGAGUAUCUGGAGGUCGACCAGGAAGCGCAGGCUGUCAUUCCUGAUUCGAGGCCGCCACCGGGCUGGCCCAGCCAAGGCGCGGUGGAAUUUGUUAAUUACUCGACCCGGUAUCGUCCUGACCUCGACCUCGUUCUCAAGAACAUCAGUUUCACGGUGUUGCCCGGAGAGAAAGUCGGAAUUGUUGGACGAACCGGAGCAGGGAAGAGCUCGCUAGCUCUUGCUCUUUUCCGAGGAUUGGAGGCCGAAAGUGGACAGAUCAUCAUUGAUGGUGUCGACAUUAGCAAGAUUGGGCUGCAGGAUCUGCGAGAAAACAUCACUAUUGUCCCGCAGGAUCCUACGCUUUUCACUGGAACUAUUCGCAGUAACCUGGAUCCUUUCGGGUUGUUCACGGACGAGCAGAUCUUCACGGCCCUUCGCCGGGUGCAUCUCAUUGGACAGUACACGCCCGGAUCGGCCACACCGUCGAGUCCGAGUAACCUCUCUGUCGCGGAGACGGCCGCUGCUGGUCCUGACGGGUCGGAGGGCAGUGCGGCGUUGCAGGAGAACAAGAACAUGUUCCUCAACUUGGAGAGUCCUGUCUCGGAAUCUGGGUCAAACCUUUCGCAGGGACAGCGCCAGCUGCUGUGCCUUGCCCGGGCGCUACUCAAGAAUCCCCGAGUGCUGAUGAUGGACGAAGCGACGGCGUCGAUUGACUACGCGACAGACGCGAAGAUCCAAGAGACACUGCGGGAAUUGAAGAACAGCACCAUUAUCACGAUCGCCCAUCGACUGCAAACGAUCAUUGAUUACGACAAAGUUCUCGUGCUGGACCAUGGCAAAGUCGUCGAGUUCGAUCAUCCAUGGGUGUUGAUCAGCAGGGAAGGCGGCGUUUUCCGAGGCAUGUGCGAGAACAGCGGCAAUCUGGACGUGUUGGUAGAGGGGGCGAAGAAAGCGUGGGAGCAGAAGGCCGCCAAUGUUAGCGAGUGA